AUGAAGAAGCUGCUCUGGGCCCUAGGAGGCCUGGGCCUCGUGUCCCAAUCCUUAGCUGCAGAUACUCUCAGCACCUCGGGAUUUCAAAUGUGUAUGACCGACUCAACUAUCAAAGUGCAAAAGCUGAAUGUCUCCUACACUCGCUCUACUCAGGAGGUAGUCUUUGACUUGGCUGGUACCAACUCAGAGACACAAAAUGUCUCCGCGACUUUGACUGUGACAGCCUACGGCCUACAGGUCUAUACCAAAACUUUCAAUCCAUGCGGUACUGAUAUACACGUGGAUCAACUAUGUCCUGUCCCGUCUGGCUCCUUUGCCGCUCAGGGUUCCAUGACUGUUCCCUCGAACUACGCAAGUGAUAUUCCUGCCAUUGCAUUUAACAUUCCCGAUCUUGAUGGUCAAGCGAAGCUGGUUCUUAAAUCUGAAGACAAAAAGUCAAAUUUGGCAUGUGUCGAAUCCGACCUGUCCAACGGCAAAUCGACGGAAGUCAAAGCAGUGUCUUGGGCAUCUGUAGGUGUUGCCGGUGCUUCUUUAGCCUUGAGUGGUAUAUCUGCUGUUGGUGCCGCUGGUCACCCUGGCGCAACCUCAUCCAGCCCAGGAUUCGGUGAUGUAAUGGGUUGGUUCCAUACCAUGGCCACCGGCGGCAUGCUAAGCGUCAACUAUCCCAUCAUCUAUACGAGCUUUACCAAGAAUUUUGCCUGGAGCACUGGCUUGGUCUCCUGGGGUGGUCUGCAAAACUCAAUUGACAACUUCCGGGAAAGAACCGGCGGUAACUUGACCGAUGCCAGCUAUAGCUACCUAACUAGUUCGCAGUCGACCUCCAACUCCUCUAAUUCCUCAUCGACAAAGCGGAGCUUAGAUCUGAUAGGUCGUUCGAUAGACUUGCUGUCUGAUUCAUCAAAUAGCUCGUCCUCUUCUGAAUUAGAUUGUAUAAAAGCAUUGGGAACCGAGCUCAGCAUCCCCUCCGCCAACGUCUUCAUGACCGUCCUUUUGAUUUUUGCUAUUGUUAUUGCGGUGGUUGUCGUCGGUAUCCUUCUUCUAAAGGUUAUUUUGGAAUUGUGGGCACUCUACGGUAACUUCCCUCGAAAAUUGGCCGACUUCCGAGACGACUACUGGGGUAUCAUGGCUCGAACCAUCACCAACUUGAUCCUUCUUGUUUACAGCAUCUGGGUCCUUUACUGUGUGUACCAGUUGAAGAACGGUGAUUCUUGGGCGGCCAAGAUCUUGGCUGCGGUAACACUGGCUCUCUUCACAGCUGUUCUGGCCUUUUUCGGUUGGCGAAUCUUCUACAUGGCCCGCAAGUAUAAGAGAACCGAAGGCGAUACUAGCGGGCUCUACGAAAACAGGGAUACCUGGCGUAAAUACAGCCUCUUCUACGAUGCUUACAAGAAAGACUACUGGUGGCUGUUUGUGCCGAUAAUUGUAUACGCCUUGGUAAAGGGUUGCAUCAUCGCCGGAGCGCAGGGUCAUGGUAUGGCGCAGACUAUCGGCCAACUGAUUGUCGAGGCUCUCAUGCUGCUCCUUCUGUUGUGGAACCGCCCUUACGCCACCAAAUCAUCCCUGGGUAUUAACAUCACUAUCCAGAUUGUACGCGUCUUGUCGGUUGCCUGUGUGUUGGUAUUUGUGGAGGAAUUAGGGCUUUCCCAAACCACAAAGACGGUGACUGGUGUUGUCCUAAUUGUACUCCAGUCCACCCUCACCGCUGCCCUCGCUAUUCUCAUCGGCAUCAACGCUAUCAUUGCUUGCAUCCGUGAGAACCCACACGCCAAGCGAAGGAGAGAAGCUGAAAAAAUGAACCGCGAUCUCGACGAUUUGACUCCUCUGGAUGCUCGAGAAUCUCUCUUGAUUGAUCAUAAUCCGAAGAGAGACUUCACCGAGAUGAGCAGGUUCAACUUCACUGGUCCUUACCAAUCAUAUCGGAACCAAGCAGCACGACGUAAUUCGUCGGGCAGUGAAGAGGGACUAGUCCACCCUUAUGCUGAUCGUUCUGGCAGCCCGAUGCCAAGAGAUACCCAUGGACAUGGAGAUGAUCAUGAUGAUCAUCGAACCCCAUCACUUGAUGGUCGCAAGCCUACCACUGCUGGGUACGGCAUGGUGUACUAA